AUGGAGAACCAGACGGAAGUGAGUGAGUUCAUCCUCCUGGGUCUAACCAAGCUCCAGGAGCUGCGGUGCUUCCUCUUCACUCUCUUCCUCCUUCUUUACCUGACCAGUGUGCUGGGGAAUGGGGCUAUCAUGGCCGUGGUGCUGGCUGAGCCCCGGCUCCACACCCCCAUGUACUUCUUCUUGGGCAACCUCUCCUGCCUAGACAUCUGCUGCUCCACGGUCACCAUACCCAAGAUGCUGGCUGGCUUCCUCUCGAAACAUCAGAUCAUCUCCUUCACCGGCUGCCUGAUCCAGCUCCAUUUCUUCCACUUCCUUGGCAGCAGCGAGGCCGUGCUGUUGGCUGUCAUGGCCUAUGACCGCUAUGUGGCCAUCUGCAACCCACUGCAUUACAAGCUGGUCAUGAACCCACGGGUCUGCCUGCUCCUGGCAGGGGCCACCUGGUCCAGUGGUUUCCUGCACGCCCUGAUGCACACGGUCAUGACCUCCCGGCUGCAUUUCUGUGGCCCCAAUCAUGUCCACCACUUCUUCUGUGACAUCAAGCUUCUUCUACAGUUGAGGCUCCUCACAGGGAAGGCUUUGGACUAG